UGACGUAGAAUUUAAGCGUCAGAAGGUUAGCUAGUAAACCACAUAACAUUGAUGUUGUAGAAUGUCAGGUUGGCUAAAGCAACAUGUUUACCUUAAAGGCACUUAAAAAAAACAAGACAGUCAGAUAUGGUGUUCCAAUGCUCUUGCUUAUAGUUGGAGGUUCUUUCGGACUCAAGGAGUUUACACAGAUCCGGUAUGAUGCCCAGAAGAUAAGGAAGAAGCUGGACCCUUCACUGGAGGCUAAAGUGAACACCCAGAAGCAGUCUGUCAUUCUGGAGGAGGAGUACGAGAAGAUGAAGGCCCUGAACUUGGAGGAGUGGAAGAACAUCCGUGGCCCUCGUCCCUGGGAGGACUCCAGGGAGUACCAGGAGCAGCAGAGAGCCAGGCAGAGCCGGCAAGCUUGACGCCCGGAGCACGGCCCGCCCCCCAGCCUGCUUCAUGAGACCGUCAGGAGCGGAGCACGCUGGCCCACUUCAGACAGCCGCCACGAGGACCCCCGCUGGGGGAGGGCUGUUCCUGUGUGAAGUGUGGCAGCCUUGCUGGUAAUGAAUUGGGGAUCAGUGGGGUUGCAGAGACUGAGUUCUUCUUUCUUUUAAAGGAUGUUCAAUAACAUCAGAUGUUGUGGUUCUAUGUGCACAGAAGACAUUAUAGACCCACUGUGAGUCUGGGUUGGCCGAGUGUCCCAACAGCCAUGGAGUCUGUUCACCACUAGGUGGCAGAGUUGUGCAUUAGUGCGUGCGGCGUCACUUCACUGUAAGAAUGGGACUACCUAUAAUACCAUAAUAAAAGAAUAAUGGUUGA